AAGGUCGAGAAGCAAGUAUUAAGGAAUACUAUACUAUUAGUAUUUAUAGAGAAGAGGACUACUACCUGCUUCCUUUACUUAGGGAAGCAGAGCUUGCUAUUCGAAAAGCGCACCUAUAAGUUUACUAAGCCAGGGAACUUAAUAAAGUAUUUCAAGUAG